CACCAACAAGACCGCAGACAGCUGCAAACACACACGACACCGUCAAUACCCCAUUGUCGGUUCCAGGCCUCUCAAACGAACAGGUUCUCUUCACAUCCGCUUCUUCACGGUCCAACAACGACGGUACCCUUCCGUAAGAUGGCGUUCUUUCGCAUUACUCUGAUGCGCUCUGGUAUUGGCCUACCAGCAAAAACACAAGGCGUACUCAAAGCACUCGGCCUUCGAAAGCGAAUGACGACCGUAUACCACCCUGUUACACCCUCCGUCGCCGGUCAGAUCAUGCGAAUUAAGGAAUUGGUGGACGUCAAGGAAGUCAGCCAAUCUUUCACAAGAGAACAGAUCAAGGCAUCAAGGAAACCUGAUCCAGGAUACGUUAUCGAAAAGAGCAGUGCGCGAAUAAUGAAGGAAAAGGGUGUGUUUUAGGCUUGGAACGACGUAUGCUGGAGGAUACCAUUGAUUAAGGAAAACAUUCAAAGGAGUUUUGGAUCAUACUUUGGCGUGUACGAUUUGUAACAGUAUGGUUGUUGGAAGUUGGGGAGUCAUCGCGCUCCUUACUCCAAGACGAAAUAAUGCAACGAAUUCGCGGUUCACUAUACUUGCAAGAUAAUUCUGCAUUUCUCCCCCAAAAAGGAAUGCAAUACCUACAUGAUGAACCGAUAUGGUUCUCUGUGAAAGGAUCAAAGGGGACUACACUAGUGCAAGAAUGCCUCGCAAAAAAUCAUGACCAGGCGAAUCGGCAUUGACGAAAGCGCACGGGGGUAGAGUACAUCUAGUCUUGCAUAUGUAAGAUUUGUUGCCAACUAAGUGUGGAUCUGAUAGUAUCUAUAUUAAGGCCUUGUGUGGAUUGGUUUUUCACACUGGUAACUAAUGGAACCAUUCAC